UAUCAGUUAAUUUAUUUGAAUUAUGCGGGUAACAUUACGAAUAUUUCAGGGUGCUUUUAGCACUAAAGCAAAAAAUUUAUUUCACGUAAAUGAAUAUAAUCGAAUAUGUUGUUCGUUGCUAUUAAGAAGAAGAUUCAGUACAAAAGAUGAGUUUGUGUUACAUGGUCCAGAGUCUCCAGUAGCCAUACCCGAUGGUACUGCUGGCGAAUACAUCCAUAAAAUUCUUCUAGAGGCGCCCAAAGGAUCUAAAGCAAUGAUCGAUGGUCAUUCUGGUCACUACCAACUCUACUCCGACCUUCUUCAAAAAUCCGUAAAUUUGGCCUCCGCCCUAAGAUUCUAUGGGUACACCAACCAAAACACCACCCUAUCAAUAUGCUCUGAAAAUAAUUUGGAAUAUUUCAUACCAAUAUUGGCAUCCCUUUUCAAUGCGUCAGUAAUGCAACCCUUAAGCUCUAUGUACACCUCCUACGAGUUAAAAAGAGCAUUGGAACUAGUGAAGCCGAAAGUGGUUUUCUGUUCAGAAACGAUCGCACCAAAGAUAUCCCAAAUAAAGGCAGAAGGCUCUUCUGGGAUAGAGAAAAUUGUCCUUAUAAACUCCACUGAACAAAUGGUCAAAGGUUCAAUAGAACCUUGUGUAGAGCAUAUGAAAGAGUUUACAGAAAAGGCUCUUAAGGGCCAAGAUGAAGAUGUGGAAGCCUUUAGGCCUAUAGGGGGAAACAGCAGGGAAUUGAUGGCAUUCAUAUGCUCCUCCUCAGGGACCACAGGGAUGCCAAAGGGUGUAAUACAGUCUCAAUUAAAUAUUUUGACCAGAUUAACUCAUGGAAGAGAUCCGAAAUACUAUCGACAAGAGCAGACCGAUAAGAUAUUAGGUUUAUUACCGUUUUUCCAUACCUACGGCCUCACUUACAUUCUCGGCACUAUUUACAACCUCCAAACCAUUGUCUACCUUAAAAAAUUCGACGAGGACCUAUUCCUGAAAACGAUCCAGGAUUUCCAAAUCACGGUUCUCACUUUGGUACCUCCUUUGGCGAUAUUUUUAGCGAAAUCCGAGAAAGUUCUUCGGUACGAUAUGAGUAGCGUCCAGGAUAUUUAUUGUGGGGCGGCCUCUCUGGAUCAGGGAAUCGCCAGAGAAGUUCUUAAAAGGUUGAAGAAUUCAUCAUUUCGACAGGCUUUGGGGUUGACGGAGUGCACAGCUACAGUAACGUUAAUUAACCGUGGAGAUGAUAAAUUGGACUCUUGUGGACAAGUUGUGUCGUUUAUGUCGGCUGCAGUAAGAGAUCCUGAAAGUGGAAGGUUUUUAGGUCCAGGGAAUAUUGGGGAAUUUUGUUGGAAGGGACCCUUAGUAACGAUGGGCUAUGAUAAAAACGAAAAAGCAACCGAAGAAGCAUUUACCUCAGACGGAUGGUAUAGAUCCGGUGAUCUGGGUUACUAUGAUAACAAUGGCUAUUUCUACAUCGUCGAUAGGCUUAAAGAAAUCAUCAAAUAUAACGCAUAUCAGGUAUCUCCAGCAGAACUGGAAGCAGUCAUUAUAAACCAUCCAGACGUCAAAGAUGCUGGAGUAGUUGGUAAGCCUGAUGAGCAAGCAGGAGAGCUUCCAUUGGCUUUCGUUGUGAAAAAAGGAGACAGCAAUAUAACUGAAGAACAAAUUAAAAAUUAUGUUAAAGAAAUGGUUUCACCCCAUAAACAAUUAAGGGGCGGAGUGAUAUUCACAGAUGCCAUACCGAGGAACCCCAGCGGUAAAAUAUUGAGGAAAGUCUUAAAAGCUCAAAUAAAUAAUCAAAAUUAUUUGUGAAAUUAUUUCUAAUGCACCCACAUGGUAAUUCUACUGGUGCUUAUCAUAAAUAUAAAUUGACAGUUAAUAUAUUUGCCCCGAUAUGAUUUAGCUGUCCUAAUCAAUAAUAUCGUAACAAAUAUUCAUGAAAAUGUUGAAUAUUCAUUUGCGGGCGACAGGAUGAAUCAUGGCUAGAGACGGCGUAUCUAUGAAGGAUUAUGCAGGAUAUUAGUUUUGUAGGCGAUAAGUUAAGGAAUUGCUUCGGUUUUGUCCAGUUUUAAUGUGAAUAAUAAUAAGGGAUUUUUUUAUUCACCCUC